GCCGCAGAGUGCUUGCUCUCUCUUCCGUUGAGGUCCAAGGGAACCGUCGCAACCGAUUGGAUUCCACUUUCACGACGACGCAUCAUCCACUCGGCACAACCAGACCACCACGCACGCCGCGCAAUCAUUACGUUGACGGAUUGCGAGAAGCGACGACAACGACGACGACUACACUACAACAACGACAACGACAACGACGGCCAGGCAGGCAGGCAGGCAGGCAGGCAGGCAGGCAGGCAGCCGAAUAAACAUUUCGCUUAAUCACAGCGCCGCCCCAACAAAAGUUCCCAAAUCAAGAGCUGGCUGUGCCUCGUCCCCGCAACCGCUUCCCGAACUUACCGGUCCUCUGUGAUUACACUACACUGCCUCCAGGUAGCAAUCUUGAACCAUCACGGCCAUCCAUUGUUCCUUCGCUCGACAACGCUCUCAACCCCGGUGUGCCAAUACAGAUCUGCUUCCAUUGGGAACUGGAAUGCAAAAGAUAGCCGCCACAUGACAAUGGGUUGCUAGCAUAUCCAUCACUUAGCUCAUACCAAUCGUCCACGCGCCCACCCACUCACUCGCUGUCGGCAAACUUGACCAACCACGGACAACACAGGAUAAACACAAUGGCCCAACCGUCGUCCCUGAACACCAACAACCCGUUUCGGCGGAAACAAGCCGGCGCAUUGACGACCUCGAAUCCUCCCAUUUCGCUAGCCUCCGACGCUUUCGCCGAUGCCUUCGACCCUCUUCCUACAUCGCCUUCGUCUUCGCUCGACCCUAUACGACCGCCGCCACUCCCGUCUAGCCACGACUUCCGCAACUCUCUCCAGUCUCUCGGCCAGUCCAACGAACCACCGCCAAAGACAAGCUUCCAGAAACCAAAAGUCGUGAAAAGGGUCCGCGUACAGUCACCACCGCCAUCUCCCGAGUCGGAGGAAGAACCCGAUACAAAUCCGCCAGUGGAAGAAGAUACGGCCGAAAGUAGCUCAAGUGAUGACGAAGAUGAAGGCGCGGAUCCGUUUGCCCAGGCUGACGAAGUCCCCCCGCCGACGCUAUCACGGCCUGAGUUACCAGGCUCCAUCCAGGUACCGCCAAACCCGUUUGGAAGGACAUUAAAGGACCUGGAACACCCAACGGAUGAGCCAACACACAAUCCCGGUACUGUACCAGGAGGCAAAGGUUCGCUAGAUGUUGAUUCUUUCAGACGACUCCUUCUUACAGGCCAAGCGGGAGGACCGGCGCAACCACCACGAACCGAUGGCGCGAGCAUAGCUGAUGCAUCGUCAACUUUGACUGCUCAAGACCCGCCCCGGACAUCCCACGAGACUUCGGAACAUGGAAGGGAGGAACCACAAUCACAGCGAACAUCAAUAAGCGGUCCCAUACGCCCAACCGCGCAGGCGCCAGCGACGUCGAGGAGCAAAGCACCGCCGCCGCCGCCGCCCAGCUCGAGGCAUGGGAAGCUGAUCAAGGUGGAGCCCAAGGGCGAGGAGAGAUCGGGGAUGCCCAGUACCCCGAGACCGUCAUCGUCAUCAUCUGCCCGCGCUUCUCGGGUUCUAGCCUCGCCGUUCUCGGAACAGCCUUCGGAUGUGAACACACCACUGCCACCACCGUCGGUAAAGUCUCCAGGCGAGGAAAACGUGGAAAGUUCAUUCGACCGUGAAGCCGCCGCUAAGCUCCCGGAUGUGGGCCAAGAGACAAACGCACCGACUCCCCAACCGCCGACUCCGCCCAAGCCAACAACGACCUCACCGCCUCCCUCACAAGCAUCGAAAAAACCACCCCCUCCGCCCAGGCGAUCGACUCACGGCCGUUCAGAAAGUAAGUUGUCUGUCUCGGGGUCUGUGACGGCACCUGUGCCAACACCACAGACGUCUCGCGCAGAUGAGGAACCUACGCGCACGUCUGUAGACUCGAUCCGCUCGAGGUCAUCGAGCCUAAAGGUUGCCAGCUCUACCACUCAAGUGAAUGCACCGGCGCCGCCUCCACCCAGAAGGUCGACACAUGGGUCCAGGCCUUCUACUUCUACGGCUGGAUUGGGAAUUGGGAUCACUUUGCCUGCGACCCCGUCUGCUGGGGGUGAGGGUACGGAGUUCCCUGGUCUGGCAACUCAACCAGUCUCUGGAUCAGCGCAGGGUAGCCGGCCCAGCACCCCCGCCAACUCCUCCUCCAACAACCCAGAAACUGCUAGCAUCAGUAGCCUUAGCCAGCCUGGACAUGGCAGGACCUUGAGUGGAAGCGGAAAACUGGCACCUCCGCCACCCCCGGCGAGGAAUAAGUCCGUCCGGUCAGGCGCCCCUUCAACACCGGGAACUGUACGCAGGGCCGAUAGCGGGAGGAGCAAAGAACCGAUUGGACUGGCAUCUCCGGCACCGAUUGCCUCGAGUCCGAAUCACGCCCCGCCGCCACCACCCAGACCGCGGCCGAGGGGGAGUAAUCGGCGAUCGGUCUCGGGAAGUGGGAGUGUUGAAAGCGGCAAUCCUGCGCCUACGACGGGAACCGUUGAGUCACCUGCGCCUGUUGAAUCAUCUGCUGCUCUAGCCUCAGGACCAGGCGGUGCGGGUGCGCGCUUUCUGGAAACAUCUUCAGCAUCAGGCGAGGAACCGAGAGGCCUUCCUGAUGGGGAGCUUGCAAGCGGGGACUUCGACGAGGAAGACGUGCUGAGAAGAGAGUCGGCAACUAAGGACAUCCUGGCCGAUUUGGAUGCGUUGCAGAGAGAGGUUGAUGCUUUGCGGGCCGCGCAGGAGCAAAGGGGGACUACUAGCACUAUGUGAAUAGCCUUGAGGAUACAGAUCAAGACCUUGUAAAGAAAAAAGAGAAGAAGAAGGAAGAGAAUACAGACAGACACACAGACAGACAGGAAUGGGAAAACGCAAAGAUGGUAUAUACUUGAACCGGAACGGACCGGAAACAGGACGGUCUUCAUACACACACUAAAGAGCGAGAGAGAAUCAGACGGGGAUAUAGCAAGGUACCUUCACUUCACAUAGGGGUUAAAGUGGAAAGAUAAUUUGUAUAGUACAUAGCGAGCAUUUGGAGUUUGGAAUGUAUUGUUGACUCUUUGUCGAUUUUGAGACAUAGCGGGAGUUGAACAUGUUCACGCCGUGACCUUGAAGCCCCUGGCUGUGUUGUGAUUGACAGCAUUUAUUCCUCGCCCACUUGGCAUGACCUACUUUUCUUUUGACUUGGGUUUACUU